UUGCUUCAUUUAAGACAUCAGUGUAGAAUUUAUAUUGCAGAAGGCUGCGAGAGAAGAAAACAGAUUGACACAAGAGUCCUGUCUUGUAUUAUUGAGAUACCAUGACACAGCAGAUCAGUGGCUCACCGUUCCUCAAGCCCUUCUUCCUGAAGACGCCCGUCCGAGUGGUCAGCCCGCUGAGACAGAGACGACACACACUACCCGCCAGCGAGUUCAGGAACCUCACGCCACAGGAUGCCAUCAGUGUGUUUGAGAUUGAGAGAGAAGCAUUUGUCUCUGUGUCUGGCGAGUGUCCACUUACCCUGGAUGAAGUGCUUAACUUCCUGGGUCAGUGCCCUGAGCUGUCUCUGGGUUGGUUUGAGGAGGGACAGCUGGUAGCGUUCAUCAUCGGCUCUGGCUGGGACAAGGAGAGGCUUUCGCAGGAGGCAAUGACUCAACAUGUCCCCCACACCCCCACUGUGCACAUCCACGUGCUGUCAGUGCACCGUCACUGUCGCCAGCAAGGCAAGGGCUCCAUCCUCUUGUGGCGCUACUUACAGUAUUUACGCUGUGUGCCGGGCCUCCGCCGAGCUCUGCUGAUUUGCGAGGACUUCCUGGUGCCCUUCUACCUCAAGGCCGGUUUCAAGGAGAAAGGACCAUCAGCCAUCUCCGUAUCCAACAUGCAAUUCCAAGAGAUGGAGUACAUGCUUGCUGGGCAGGCAUAUGCACGGCGGAACAGCGGCUGCUAGUCCAUGAACCCCCCUACCCCACCCUCCUUCCACUUACUCACCUCUAACAUGGACUCAGGGCAGAUAAGAUUAACAAAACACAGCCGGGAGAUGGACAGAUAGAGGCACGGGACCAUGUGUGCACCAGUGAACUGGGUUCAGUAAUGGUUACAAGGUCUUCCUGGACCUCCUGAUGUCUGCACUGCACAGUAUCCCACUAAGCAAGGAGUGAGGUCUUUGUGAGAAGAGACCAAGAGUGGAUCAAUGCAGAGGAGGAACCAGUGGCUUUGCUGACAUCAAAUUAAACUCCCCUGUCACCAUUUGCAUCUUGGCUUUGUUAACUUAAUGUUAUUUCUCCAUUUAUUUGUCACAAAUCAGUGUAUUAAUGUAUUCAAUUCAUUUAAAAAAUCAGCAUUAUAUCUCAAGUUUCUGAUGUAAAUACUGUUCUAUUUUUGUAAACCAUAUAAAUGAAAAGGUGUUAUGAAUUCAUGGUCCUUACUGUAAAGUGAGCUACUUAAAUGCAGCCAUUAAAACGCUUGCAU